AUGAACAUAAAUGAUAGACAUAAUUUCAUAUGUAAAAAAAUUCAUAGUAAAUACAUUUUUGUCAGAAUGCAAAAUAUGGGAAUAAAACAAAUAUUUCGAUGUAUUUGUACUAAUAGCAUAAAAUAUAACAUAUCAAAGCAAAGCAAAAUAAUAAAUAAAUUUAUAGAAAAAAACAAAAGGAACAGGGAAUCAAUCGAAAAUAUAUAUCCUCAUUCAUUAAAGAAUAAACUUUCUGUAUAUACAAUACGGAGGAUGAAUGUCCUAAAUAAAGUUUUUAUGGAACAUAUUACAGAUUUGAUGUCAACUGGAGAAAUAAGUACCGAAAUUCUAGAUAGAAAUAUAGAAAUUAUUCACGUUAGAAUAACUGCAGAUUUUAAGUUCAUUAAUGUGUAUUGGGCAGAUAAUGAUACAGAGAAAUCUAAUACAGAAGAAUUACUGAAACAAUGUGCUUUUAGCUUGAGGCAUAAACUGUCUCAACUUCAGGUCAUAGGCAUGGUUCCACCUGUUCAAUUUGUAAAAUGUAAAGGCAUAAGUGUUUUAAGGGAAGUAGAAGAGAAAUUGAAAACUUUGGAAUUUGACAAAGAUCAUGUGUCUAGCCCAUAUCCAGAUGCCAUACACCAUACUGUUAGUGCUUCCAAAAUCUGUGAGAACAAAGAAGAUGUACAGAAUGGUGAAGAUGAUAACUUUAAAGUUACUGUACCAGUAAUGAAACAUGAUGUAUUUGGAUUAGAUCAUUUCCAGAUUAUGUCAAAGAUAAAAUCUUCGUUAAAUAAAUUUAAAAAAUCAGAGAAACAAACAUUAAGUAUACCAACCUUGAAUACAUUUUCUACAUUAGAUCUAAAAGAUAAAUUCAAUUUUUUAACUAAUAAGGAACAGCAAGAAGAAUUCAAGCAAUUUCUAAAUCAAAGACGAAAAGAACAAAGAAAAAAAAUGAAAAAACGUUUUAAUGUAGAUGACAUUGUUGAUGAUGAUAAUGAUGACGAAGAACAAAAUGAUGAUAAUAAUUUUGGAAAAAAUAAUGAGUUUACGGAAGAUGAUUGUAAUGAUUUUUAUAAUUGCAAUGAUGAUAUUGACGAAGAAUUUAACAAAAAAUAGUAACAGGAAAUUAAGAGUAUUUAGCAUAUUUACUUUACAUGAACAUUAAAAAAUUAAUAUUAUUUCAA